AUGCUGAUGAGUGAGCUACCAACGGUGCCACCUUUGGGCCACCAGCGCGAACCAGGCUCCAUGAGGACUGCGCUGCCUUCGAGGCCCAUGUCCUCCAAGCAUCGUGACUCGUCCUCACAACGACAGUCGUCUGACCAUGAUAGCCGUGCGCGACAGCGCCAUGAUGGCAGUGCUUCCCCUGGUUUGAGAACCAGCCCGUCCGACGAUGGCGGGAAGUUGUCGCGAGGUCCCAGCCCCGUCCUAAACGAUGCAGAAUCAACUGCAAAGGUCAAAUCGACUGGAGGAAACCUUCCCGGCCACGGUGGACAGGUCUGCAGGAAUACAGCUCGGCCGACAAGUCUCAAAAAACCACCGAAUGUUGUUGCCGCUGGAUCAUCCCGCUCUACGCCGCCGAAGCCGACAGUUUCUGGACCCAAGUCAGCCUCGAACGUGAAUUCUUAUGUUGCUGCUGAACAAAUGCCUACCGGCACCUGCCCUGGUGGCGGACGAUGUAAUGGAACUGGAGGUGCCGAGGGAUGCAACGGAUGCCCAGCCUUUAACAACAGGGUGUCGAAAACUGCCCAGCUCAACAUGAUGCAAAGAUCCAAAGGGGGCUGCGGAAGUCGAGCAGAUUCAUCCAAUUCAGAACCUGUUCCUAUUGAUGUAAAUGCUCUACAAACACAAAGUCAAGAUUCCAUGGUCAUUGCCUGCCAAAAUUGUGGAACUACUAUUACACCUUUAUGGAGAAGGGAUGAAAGCGGGCAUACCAUCUGCAAUGCUUGUGGUCUCUAUUAUAAGCUGCAUGGCGUACAUCGGCCAGUGACGAUGAAGAAACCAACAAUCAAGCGACGGAAACGAGUCAUACCUGCCGCGCAGGAUGAAGAAAUGGAAGAUAUGGCCGAGUCACCGGAGGCACAUAAGGUGGAGGUAACUCCAGAGCGAGGAACUGAAAACGAAGAUGGAUCAAUCAACCUCGGAACCCGACGUCGACCAGAGGCACACCCUUUGACGAUUGAACCCCAGCCUGCAGUAAUGAGAUCCAGCGGUCAGGUAUCUCCGCUACCGUCAACGUCGGAUCUCGCUGCAUAUCACCAACGGAGCAGAUAUUCACAAAGCGUAUCCAGCCAUGCGAAUGAAGAUAAUCGCUUGCCGCCGAUGUCGUCCAUGACUGUCGUUUCUGAGCGCCAGUCUUCCAUGUCUCCUGCCUCUUUUCUUUCUCCGCGAAGAAAGCGUUCAUUUUCGACAACGGAUACGGAGGUGGGCAGUAACGCUGAUCUUGUUUCGGAUAGUGCCAAACGCAUCUCUUCCAUCAAAUCUAUUCUGAACCCGACAGGCAGCGGUGGAAUGAAUCGACCUGGUAGCGCCGAUAUGGACGAUUAUACACUGCCGCCACUCCGAUCUGCCGGUGGACUGUUGAACCCACACGUCCAGGAUGUGUCCCCGAGUGCGGGGUCACGAAACGACGGACAGGGGCAUGGAGACAAAACUGAGAACGAACGUGUUAAGGCAGAGCGCCGAUUAGCACUACAGAGAGAAGCGGAUCAGAUGAGAGAAAUGCUCGCCGCCAAGAAGCGGGAAUUAAUGGAGCUGUGA